GGCGGGCUGUGUAGCCUCCUACAAGGGUCCACCAUCUUCCGGGCUUUGAGCGGGGCCGGAGAGCGCGCUGGUGUUCCAGGUGUUAGUGAGGAGAGGCCCGGAAGCGGACAUUGGACUGGCUGCCUGGGGACGAAAGGCCCUGGACAUAGCCGAGAAUGAGAUGCCCGGUUUGAUGCGCAUGCGGGAGAUGUAUUCGGCGUCCAAGCCACUGAAGGGUGCCCGCAUCGCUGGCUGCCUGCACAUGACUGUGGAGACUGCCGUCCUCAUCGAGACUCUCGUGGCCCUGGGUGCUGAGGUGCGGUGGUCCAGCUGCAACAUCUUCUCCACUCAGGACCAUGCAGCAGCUGCCAUUGCCAAGGCCGGCAUUCCAGUGUUUGCCUGGAAGGGUGAGACAGAUGAAGAGUACCUGUGGUGCAUUGAGCAGACGCUGCACUUCAAAGAUGGCCCCCUCAACAUGAUUCUGGACGAUGGUGGCGACCUCACCAACCUCAUCCACACCAAAUACCCACAGCUUCUGUCAGGCAUCCGAGGCAUCUCUGAGGAGACCACAACUGGGGUCCACAACCUCUACAAGAUGAUGGCCAAUGGGAUACUGAAGGUGCCUGCCAUCAAUGUCAAUGAUUCUGUCACCAAGAGCAAGUUUGACAACCUCUAUGGCUGCCGGGAGUCCCUCAUAGAUGGCAUCAAACGGGCCACAGAUGUGAUGAUUGCGGGCAAGGUGGCAGUGGUAGCAGGCUAUGGUGACGUGGGCAAGGGCUGUGCCCAGGCCCUGAGGGGUUUUGGGGCCCGAGUCAUCAUCACCGAGAUUGACCCCAUCAAUGCACUGCAAGCUGCCAUGGAGGGCUAUGAGGUGACAACCAUGGACGAGGCCUGUAAGGAGGGCAACAUCUUUGUCACCACCACAGGCUGUGUUGACAUCAUCCUUGGCCGGCACUUUGAGCAGAUGAAGGAUGAUGCUAUUGUGUGUAACAUUGGACACUUCGAUGUGGAGAUCGAUGUGAAGUGGCUCAAUGAGAAUGCUGUGGAGAAGGUGAACAUCAAGCCCCAGGUGGACCGCUAUCGGCUGAAGAAUGGGCGCCGAAUCAUCCUGCUGGCUGAAGGCCGACUGGUCAACCUGGGUUGUGCCAUGGGCCAUCCCAGCUUCGUGAUGAGCAACUCCUUCACAAACCAGGUGAUGGCACAGAUUGAGCUGUGGACCCACCCAGAUAAAUACCCCAUUGGGGUUCACUUCUUGCCUAAGAAGCUGGAUGAGGCAGUGGCUGAAGCCCACUUGGGCAAGCUGAAUGUGAAGCUGACCAAGCUGACUGAGAAGCAGGCCCAGUAUCUGGGCAUGCCCACUGAUGGCCCCUUCAAGCCUGAUCACUACCGUUACUGAGAGCCAGGACUGCCCUUCACCUUCCAGCUGCCAUCCUUGUUCCAGACCCUGUCUCUUUCCCAAGAACACAUGUCACCAACUUCGCAGUUGCUUCAUCAAUGUUUGUCCACUGGGGCUGGUUACUCUGUCUUUGGCCUCUGUUGUGUCCUUCAUACGGUUCCAGGUGUGACAAGGGGAACUGAGAGUCUCCAGUCAGGAGCCAUCUGCAGGGGACAUGAGCCUUGGAAGCCCUGAGGGUGGAUGUGGCUAGUGGUGGUCACGAGCCCACGCACUUUACCAUCCAGGGUCUCACUUGGUCUUUAGAGCUGUGUGGUUGGUUUCUCAGCCCAGGACCGGAGAAGGAGCUCUACCAGAGAGCAGGAACCAUUGGAGCUGGAAGGUUCCUCAGAGCUUGACUUACUUACCAUUGGGCCUUUAAAUCUCUUUAAAUCUCAGAAUACUGAGGUUGGUACUUUUGGUCCUCAUUUCACAGGGGUUAGAAUUAAGAGAUAAUUAACCAAGAAGGGACAGGUGACAGCUAGAGGUUAAAAGGGGCUGGAAAAAGCAAAUACGCUAAGGUCUGUCACUGUUUUGGUUACUGAUGGUGCCUAUCACAAGCCUGGGUCACAAAGAGAUUAAUUUGGAUUAUAGUGUUUAGAAUGUUAAUAAAGGAAGGUGGAUUAAAUAAAAUUAAAUAAAUAAAG